AUGGAAUAUCCUCAGAAGAAAAGAUCAGACUCAACAAAUGCGUCAACGAAUCCAAGAAAAAUUCCACGAGUCACCUACUUAGAACGCCUUGAUUUCCAUCGAGAUUUGAUUUUAAAUGCCAUUAAACAGAUAAGAGUUGUCAAGGCUUCUAAAAAAGAUGAAAUCAAGGCUUACCUCUUAUCUUAUCACAAAAUUCCCCUUUCAGAUACUGAUAUCUGCAUCCGCAAACUCCACGAUAGAGGUGAUAUUGUGGCCUAUAUUAAUCGUAACUGCGUGAGUUACUUAGAACCCAAUGAGGUAAAGAAACAGGGUGUCAUACUUAACAGGCCAUUGAUCAGUGAAAAACUAGAAAACUCCAUUCGAGUUCUUAUUUCUAAAGCCAAAGGCAAUACCAAUAGUGGUUUUACUGAAGAGGAAAUAAAAGAAGUCCUAUAUGAAUUAGAAAACGAGGCAACUAUUCCUCCUGAGCUUACAGGAUUCAAACUAAGAAGGGCGUUAGCGGUGGAAUCGAAAUAUGGAGGUCUUGUAGAGCUCCCUAAUGGAUGCUAUACACUGAAAGAUGGAGGUGGUCAAAAUAGUUUGCCUUCUAAUUCAACAACCAAGAUUGGGGAGAGGAGAGAACCCUGUCCGGCGCGCUCUAAGGAUUCAAGUUCACCCAUAAAGAAACGCAAACUUUCUCCGAUUGCGAUGAAGUUGCCCGAAGCGCCACCAAAUACGUUGACCCUCACUAGAAUAAUGUCUGAUUUAGAAAUGGAGGAGAGUGAAUUCUGUGCCACUGAUUUAAAUGCCCACAGCAAAUUAAGCGAUAUGAAUACGCAUGAAAACAGUCACUUUUCAGAAAGUUCAACUUCCGAGGAAUUCGAAACUCAACCUUCACUGAUUACGAACUCAGAAGAACUUAUAGAAUACCUAAUGACUUCACUAACAGAGGAGGAAAUCAUGAGUGGGAUACCACAGUGGGAAAAAGAUCCCGAUUAA